AUGGACCUCAUCAUCCUCUCCAGCUCGGAGGGCCGUCGAUACUGCCUCACAUGCAUCGACCGCUUCUCCCGAUGGCCUGAGGCAUUCCCACUGGAGGACCAGGAAGCUCACACUGUUGCCAGAGCCUUCUACGAGGGGUGGAUAUGCCGCUUCGGUGUUCCCCUUCGUAUCACCACCGAUCAAGGGCGGCAAUUUGAGUCACAUCUGUUCAAGCAUCUCAACAGCUUGGCAGGUACGACUCACUUGAGGACAACUGCCUACCACCCAGCAGCCAACGGCAUGGUCGAGCGCCUCCACCGACAGCUCAAGGCAGCCAUCAAGUGCCACGACAACGCCAGGUGGACAGAGGUGCUUCCCACCGUUCUCUUGAGCAUCAGAGCAGCCUGGAAGGAGGAUCUCCAGGCAUCAGCAGCCGAACUGGCUUACGGCGAACCCCUACGCCUACCUGGAGAGUUUCUCGCCCCCAGAGGAGUCAGCCAUCAGGACGACCCGGCUGACUACGUCAAGGAGCUCCGCCAGCAUUUCUCCAACUUGCGCCCCGCCAAGGUCAAACGCCACGGAGAACACAAAACCUUCGUGUUCAAGGACCUGGCCACAGCAGAGCAAGUCUUCGUCCGGCAUGACGCACCCAAGGGCCCUCUCCAGAUGCCAUACCAGAGACCCUUCAAGGUCAUCCGACGUAAUCCGAAGGCGUUCAUCGUCCACAUCAAGGGCAAGGACGUAAAGGUCUCCAUCGACAGGCUGAAACCGGCUUACGUCAUCGCUGAUGACGUGCCAGGCUUUCAGCACCCCAGCCCAAGGACACCUACUCCCGAGCCUGAGGUACCAUCGCAGCCAGUGCAGCCACCACCACCAGCAACGACACCCCCGACAACGCGCUCAGGAAGACGCGUCAGAUUCGCCGAGCGCUACCAGUCCGGAUUUUUGUAA